AUGGAAGAUUUGGAGAUGAUAUCAACGAGCAUCGUUCGUCCAAGAGAAGUAAACCAAGCAGGUCGGGUGAAAGAGAUCCAUCUGACUCCAUGGGAUCUUUUCCUUCUUCAACUUUGCUAUCUUCAAAGAGGUCUUCUCUUUCCUAAGCCUGAUUCAAAGAUUGAUGAUAUACUCUCACGUUUGAAAACGUCUCUUUCUAUUGCUCUCGAUCAUUUCUAUCCUUUCGCUGGUCGUCUUGUCAAGGUAAAGAACGACGACGGCAGUGUCUCGUUUUCCGUCAACUGCGACGGUUCCGGCGUCAAAUUCGUCCACGCCUCGGCUACGAGCAUCCAGCUAAGUGAUAUCGUUGACUACUCUGGUUCUGUCGACGGGUUUGUCAGUUUCUUGUUCCCUGCAAACGGAAUCAAGAACUGCCAAGGUGUGUCAAACCCGUUACUUAUGGUACAAGUAACUGAGUUAAAAGAUGGCAUUUUCAUCGGUUUAGGUUACAACCACACCGUUGCUGACGGGAAAUCGGUCUGGAAAUUCAUCAAUGCAUGGUCAGAGAUUUGCUCCUCCAAGGACAUGAUGGAGAUUCCUACGCACCAUCUUGUCCUAAAAGGUUGGUUUCUCGAUGGGAUAGAUUAUCCGAUCCAUAUUCCAGACGAAGCAAAAGCACCUAGUUACGUAGUCACUACGACAUGGACCAGUUUACAAGAGAAGGUGUUUCAUCUCACAAAGGAGAAUGUUUUGAAACUGAAAGCUAAAGCCAACGAUGAGGCUGGACCAGGCAAGAUCUCUUCUCUCCAAGCGGUGUUGGCACACAUAUGGCGCUCGAUCCUUAGAAACAGCGGCGUAAACCGAGAAGAGGAGACGCACUGCAGAGUACCGGUAGACAUGAGGCUGAGGCUAGAGCCACCUCUGGAGCAAGAAUGUUUCGGGAAUGUGAGCCAGACCGGGAUAGCUGCGACCACCGUUGGAGAGCUUCUUGACCAUGACCUAGGCUGGGCUGCUCUGCUGAUAAACAAUAUGGUGGGGUCACAAAAGAAUGAAACUUUCAAAACAUUUGCUGAGAGUUGGGUGAAAAACGACAAUCAAAUUGGUUUCGGGAGCAACUCAUUGGUUGUCACUAGCUCCCCUUGGUUUAAUGUCUACAGCAACGAUUUCGGUUGGGGUAAACCGGUGGCUGCUCGAGCUGGACCGCCGUCUCCCAAUAGGAGAAUUGUCGUUUUUCAAGGUGCAGAAGAAGGAAGUCUUGAUUUACAAAUCUGUUUACCGCCUCAAGUAUUUGUAACCUUGUCGAAGGAUGUUGAGUUUCUCCAGUAUGUGUAUACUUGUUAA